UUGCAGGCUCGCAUUGAGCUCCAGAUUGCUUCGCAUUACGUGCCCGUGGGCCGCAGCGUACGACAGGAUUGGUCGUUUUGCGCAGCGCUGCGCUGCGAUAGCAUCGCUACAGGCUGCGGCGCUCUGGUAAUUGUUUGCAGCAGCAGGCUGCACCAUGGCUACCAGGAUAGCGCUCGCGUUACUAUGCGCUUUACACACGACCAGUUUCACGCCGUCAGCGCCGCAGCGCACCCGCAUACAACCGCUGCGGAAGACGCGCGGCGCCGGCGGCGACCUCGUGGACCCCGACGCCGGUGCUCCAGACGAUGACGCCAUGACGGAGCUGCGAGAAAGGAUGAUGCAGGAAGAACUCAAACAAAGAAAACAAACGAUAAAGGAAGGCAAGGGCAACCGACUGUCGGCGCAGUACGUCGAGCUAUUAACAGCACAACAUCCCUCGGAAUUAGUAGGCGCCUUCUACAGGGAAGCGGACCCGCGAGUCCAGGUCGCGAUCCAGGACGCGAUCAUGGGCAUGCUCGGGGCCGGCGCCGUGGACAUCGAGUUCACGACGACGGGCUCCCGAAUCGCGGAGCUGUGCUUCCGUCUUCAGAUGACCGGCUACAUGCUGCGGAACGCGGAGUACGUCCUAGCUCUCCAAGAUGUUUUGAAAUUAGCACCUACUGGAAGAACGCCGGCUCAGCUGAGAGCCGCCUUCUCGCGCGUCGAUACGGACAAUAGUGGAUAUAUCGAUGCGGACGAAGUGCAAAAUCUGUUCGAUGACGUGUAUGGGGAUUUGCCGGACACGGCUAGUACGGCGGAGAUCAACGACCUGAAACAAAGGAAAAAAGCGGACGUCGAGUCGUUCGUGCGGUUCUUCGACGCGAACUCUGAUGGGAAAAUAAGCUUUGCGGAGUUCUGCCGCGCGCUGGGCGGCGCCGACGCGUCGCCGGCCCAGCAGGCCCUCGACAAGUUUUCCUCCGAGAGGCUCCUCGAGGCUCCAUCGACUCCUACACCUAUCACCGGUGAGUUGAAAGUAGGAGAUCGCACGGUCGAAGCCUCGGACUACGUCGCCGAGUUAAAACAGGAGGCCGCUAGACUAAAAAAUGAAUUGGCGACCUACGCGCAGUCGUCGGGCCAGAACUCGUUAGCUGCUAUUGGCCAAUACAUCGCGUCGAUCGACCCCGAGCAGCGCGAUCUACUCGUGUCGAAGAUGACGCCGGAGGCGCGGGAAGCCGCCGCCGAGCUCGUCAAUUAUGUGCUGAAGGACUCGUCGCCGGAGGGCGCGGGCCAGAAGCUCGAGCCCGACCAACAAGUCACCAUGGAGCGGCGCAUCCUGGAUCAAAUUUGUAGGUGGCAGAUCGUCGUCGGGUAUCGGCUGCGGGAGCUCGAGGCGUCGGGCGAGGCGCGGCGGCGGCUCGGCUGAGUGGUGGGCAGCGUCCGUCUUUUUUUUUUUGAGAUGCCAGUGACGAAUAUCCGACCCAUUAAAGUUUGAGAACUGAUCGCUCGUGACGAACCAUCUUACGGACGUUCCAGCCGAGGCGUCGUCGUCGCGGGGCUGGCUUGGUCGACGGCGAUGGGCGCGCGAUGACUGGGGCGUCCCCCGCGCAGGCGUCGUCAUCACCCGAUCUCUUUGUAGUACAUAAUAAAUUCGCUUGAAA